AUGCUGCGCAGGUCGACCCGCCUCCAUGCGCGGACGCAUGCGACGAUCACCCCGCUCUUCACGCCCAAGGUCAAGAAGCAUGAUGCUGCGCUAAGCGCGCUCCAGGAGCAGGGGUACUCGGCGCCGCAAGCGCAAGGCCUGGUCGACGCCAUGGCGAGCGCCUUUAAAGAGUCGUACGACUCGCAGACGACUCUGCUCACGACCAAGGCCGAGAACCAUGCACUCAAGUCGGAGGUCUCGGAGCGGCUCUUCAACUCGACGCUCAAGUUUGACAUUGCGCAGCGCAGCAUGCGGGAGCUGCUCGAGCGCGACUUCAAGACGCUCAAGCAGGACAUCCAGAUGAUGGAGAAGCUCGACUUUGAGAACGUCCGGGCCGAGAUCGCCGAGGUCGAGCAAAAGUUCCUCCUCCAGCGCGAAAACAGCGACGAGAUCCUCCACCAGCUCAACGUGGCGAGCCAGCGCCUCGAGAAGCGCAUCUUGCAGUACGCCAUCGGCUUUGGCACGACCAUUUUUAUUGUCAUUGGCGUCCUCGGGUCGCUCGUCGUCAAGGCCUAG